AUGCCUCUCGAUACAUCGACCACGUACCCUCUUACCAAACUGCGCCUCGAUGGCCGCCGCUGGAACGAGCUUCGUCUUCUCCAAGCGCAGAUCUCCACCAACCCGGCCAGUUCUGGGUCGUCUUAUCUGGCCAUGGGAAAUACAACUAUUAUGUGCUCCGUUCACGGUCCUGCGGAAGGGCGCCGUGGAGAUGCAACCGGUGGUGCAGCAGGUUCUUCGGGAGCAGUGGUAGAAGUCGAUGUGAACGUCGCGGGAUUCGCGGGAGUUGAUCGCAAGAGGAGAGCGGGAGGAAGCGACAAGCAAUCUUCGCGCAUCGCAACUACUCUACGGGCUGCUUUCCAGUCUCAUCUUCACACCUACCUUUAUCCGCACAGUACUAUCAGCAUCCAUGUUUCAGUACUAUCCGCCGAUGGCUCUCUGCUUGCCGCUGCUAUCAACGCCUGCACCCUAGCCCUUGUAGAUGCAGGUAUCCCCAUGCCAGGCUUACUCUGUGGCUGCACAGCCGGGAUGAGUGGAAGUGCCUCUACCCCUCGUGAUCCUCGCAACGACGAACUGGACCCGCUUCUGGAUCUGUCUUUGCCGGAGGAGCAAGAGCUCCCGUUUCUCACAGUGGGCACUACAACCUCUGCGCCGGUGGGUGAGAAUGCGAUGGACGACGACGAGGAAGACAUGAAAGUGUCCAUGUUGAACAUGGACUCGAAAGUACAUUGCACGUAUGUCGAGACGAUGCUUGCCGUUGGGAUUGAUGGCUGUAAUCAGAUUCGAGAGAUCUUGGAGGGAGUCAUCAAAGGGUCCAACCAGUUACGGUAG